CCACGGAAAAUAUAAUUAAAUAAUUAAUAAUUAACGACUCCCUUUUCCUCAUGCUCUUCUUCCUUCCACACUCCCGUCCCUCCCCGCAGCAAGCAAUCUAACACCAAAAGGAAACGAAGAACAAAGGAGCAAGAGGGAGAUAGCUUAUCGAUCUGACAAACUCCGGUACUGACACUUUCCAUUUGCGAUCGAUUCGGUUGGAAGCGAGAGGAAAAUUUCCAGCAUCCGGAUCGGAGCAGAAUCGAGAUGAAGGAUGACGAUUCUCUUCCAACAUCGACGGCGACGGGCAGCUUGUUGAAGAAGGACACCUCCGAUUCCUCUCUCUUCGGGAAAGGCAGGUACAAGUUCUGGGCCUUAGCUGCCAUUCUUCUCUUGGCAUUGUGGUCCAUGUUCACCGGAACAGUCACCCUCCGCUGGUCCGCCGGCAACCUCAACCGCCUCUCCGACGACAUCGACACGCCUAUCCACGACGAUCUCGACGUCCUUGAGAUGGAGGAGAGGGAGAAGGUGGUGACGCAUAUGUGGGAUGUCUACACUAACAACCGUAGGAUCAGACUACCGAGGUUCUGGCAGGAGGCUUUCGAAGCUGCCUACGAGGACUUGACCAGCGACGUCCCUGGAGUCAGAGACGCUGCCAUUACCGAGAUUGCUAAGAUGUCUGUGCGAUCGAUUGAUCUUGAUCCGCCUCCUGCUCAAUCCACGAAUGCACGGGAAAUAAGCAAGAGUCUGAAGCUGAUGGGGAAAGGUGGAGGUGCUGCAAUGAGUUACCAAGGAAUCCACCGAUGAACAGAAAAGAAAUGACAGUUCUUUCUCAGAGGAACUGAAGCUUCCUGCCCUUCUAUUUCUCUACCAACACUCACUAGUUCUUCAACGAACUGAACGAGAAGUUUGUCGGAGUUGGUGAAGAAGCAUCACACUAGCAGUUCUUCCUCCUGUUUACAGCGGAUGAAAGGAUCAUGUACGUACUUAGGUUUUCAUUCCACAGGAAGCUUAUGGAUAUAGAGAUAUUUUCGAUAUCAAACGCGAUAUAUGUUACCGUUGCUCGAUUAGUAGAUCAAUCACUUUACUACGAAAUUUUGAUUCUUUUUGUUCUUUUACCAUAUUAGAUUUGUUCCUAUGUGAAUGAUUCACAGUGAAUCCCCAGAUAGAAUGGGUCACUGCUCUGUUUCAAGUCUUUGAUAGUGCUUGUAGAAUGGUAUGAAAUUUGUUUUGAAUUUCAGGAUAGCAGAGUUCAUUACCCUUCAUUUGCCCCUGUUGCCCUGAUCAUUUUAUGCAAC